AUGCCCAUCCUCUUGCCUACUCUGAAGCACAGCUUCUUUGAUGAUCCCCUGCAUCAGGAGCUCCUCCACCCCACGCGACACCUCUGCAGCCCCCCAUUGGCCCAGACUCACAACUCACCAAAGAAACCUAAGAUGCAAGCAUCUGAGGACAUAUUCCCCACCGACUGGAGCCCACCACCUAUAGAAUUCUUGAACCCGAGGACACUACAGGCUGGCCAGGCCAUCCCAACCCAAGCCCAGGUAGGCGUGACAGGGUCCCAGGGCUCGAGAAGCCUGGCCGACCGGCAACCAGAGGAGUGGAAACAGAAGCCCCUGGAUUCAGACCCUGAAGAGACCCUGACCUCACUGAAGGAGUUGUUCUGCAACGUGGCAAGCCCGAGCCAGCAGGCUGCAUCCUCAUUCAUCUCUGGGGGCUCAGAAAGCUACAUCAAUAGCUUAGAUUACCUACUCCAGGAGAAAAAGGAACAAGCUCUUGAGCAGGAGCAAGAGAAGCUGCUUCUACAGCUUCCUGACCUUGACUCUUUGGAUCUUGAUGAAGAGGAAGUGGCUCUCACACCAGAGCAUAGGAUGCUGGUGGAGAAGUUCUCUGUGUCGCAGCAGGUCAUCCCGCAGGUCCAUCCGGGAGAGACUGUGUUUCUGCCCAGGCAUCACCCCCAGCCGUGCAUCCUGGACUGUUCACACCUAAAGCCUCGUAGCCACCUAGAAGGGCUGUUCCUCAGCUCCCAGCCGGCCCAGCAGCUCUCUUUCCUUCACAAGGGCCUCCUGAGCAACCUCUACCUUCACAGGCCCGAUUGUCCAGUACCCCUGUUCCAGUGGCUGUUCCAGCUGCUGACAUGGCCUCCAGAAACUUCUUUGGAAGCCUUUGGUCUCCUGUGGGAUCUCAGCGUGGAUAGGCUCUUCAAUCAGCCAGACGAGAACAAGCACAUUUGUAUGUGGUGCCCCACGUUGCAAGAGAUCAUCAAGGUGUUUCACAGCUUGGGAGCCCAAACCAUUGCUCUCUAUCCUACAGAGCCCUUUCAGCAUGGAGGGAGAGUGCUUCAAAGUGAAGCCAGCCUCAGCUGGAGUGAGCAGGAGACUGCCCCCCAGGAGAUAGCCUUGGACAUAAGCCUCAGCUACAUCUGUAAGUUCCUGAUGCUGUGUGCCCUAGCCCAGCCAGGGGCCUAUACCGAUGACCACCUCUUGAGCCUGAUUGAGCUGUUAUGCCAAGCUGGCCUGGAUGUGAAGCUCCGCCUGGUGCCCAAGACAGAUCUCCAGCAGCUCCUGAUUGUGCUACUGGAGAACAUCCAGGAGUGGCCUGGGAAGCUCCAGCAGUUGUGCUGCGCCCUGAGCUGUGUGUCUGACCAUCAUCACAACCUACAGACUCUCGUGCAGUUCUUCCUGGACGUGACGGCACGGAGCAGGCAGCUUCGAAGCCAACUCAGCCUCUUGGUCAUUGCCCAACUGCUAGGCCAGCAAGAGACACUCCCUCUCUGGGAAGAGAAGAGCCAGCUGUCUUCACUCAGCCAGCUCCUGAGCCUCAUGAGGCCGUCAUCCCUUGGGCAAUACUUGAGCUCCAGCUUUGGGACCUUGCCACCCUGUCAGGAGCAACAGCCAAAGGCCAGUACCGAGCUGGACCACAAGGUCUGCUACUUGUGUCACAGCCUGCUGACACUGGCCGGGGUGGUGGUCAGCUGCCAGGACAUUACUCCAGACCAGUGGAGUGAGCUGCAGCUGCUGUGCAUGCAGUUGGAUCUCCACAUCAGCACCCAUAUCCGGGAGAGCCCCCAGGCCAUGCACCGGACCAAGCUCAAGGACCUGGCCACCCAGACCUACAUCCGCUGGCAGGAGCUGCUGGCCCACUGCCAGCCCCAGGUCCAGUACUUCUGCCCAUGGAAAGACAUCUAA